GUUUUGCUCACAAAGUUUUGAUACCUUUUACUGUGAUUCAUGUGAAUUGAUAUCAGAAUGUCGCCUCCGGCUGAAUUAAGUUUUGACGAAAUACUGAAGUUUAUGUUGGCUCACAACGGUAAAGUCACAAACCAUGAAUUAGUUAAACAUUUCAAAGUGUUUUUAAUGAAUCCUGACAUGCGAGAUGAAGCCAGAAAUACAUUCAAAAAACAUGUCAAUGCACUGGCAAUUAUUAAAAACCAAAAUAACGAAAAAUGGUUAAUAUUAAAAAAGAAAUAUAUGAAUAAUAGUCCUAAAGAAAAUGAAGAGAUUGUUGAAAAUAAGAUGUCAGAGCCACCAGUUGUGACUUCAAAUGAAAGUGUAGAAUUAGAAGAUAAUAAUAGUCAACCACCCUAUCGUCCACCACCACCUCUACAACUUAACCAAGAUUUUAGUAUACUGGCAAAUAUCAUACAAGACACAACAAUUCAUGCUCCCAAACCUCCGGUAGAUAUACCCCUAAGCGCGAGCAAAGAAAGUCUAACAUUAACCGAUGAGAUUCCUCCAAAAGUUCACCCGAGAAGAAAGUCUACUGAAAGAACAAUUAUAGAGAAGAGGACAAGUAUACCGAGCUUGAAUUCAGAUCAACGUAUGUCGAUUCAGAAUGAGGACACCUCAGAUAUAAGUGAGGCAUCUACACUGACGUCAUCCCGCAGUGAAAGCAUGCUCGUUGAGAGUGAACAGAAAAUAUCAGUAAAGGAGCGAAAGCAAAUGUUUAACAGAAUGGCGUCAGAAAGUGAUGUGAUCAAGUCUCAAAAACUCAGCUUUAAUAACUCGAAUGUCGACGAAGAUGAUAGAGCGUCGCUGGAACACAAAGAAACGGGACCAUUAGAUUCGAAGCAAAAGCAAUGGAUACUUUGCGCAGCGCGGGGCGAGUACCACACCCUCGCCAAAAUGUGCAAAGAAAAUUCUAAACUAGUUCGUACUAAGGAUCCCUUCACGACUGCAAUGCACUGGGCUUGUAAACGUGGCGACGAAAACUUAGUAAAACUGCUGGCAGGCAUCCAUCGACACAUCGUCAACGAACGCUCCGUGAGUUACUCCUUCGUCAUUAUCUUGUAA